AGGAAUCUCUCUCUCUCUCUCUGAAAGGUAAAUCCCUCCAUAAUCCAAAAUCAUAUACCCCAAUUUCUGUAUUGUGGGGACUUCUUCAGUUUCUCCAUUGAAAAUGAGCUCUGCCGCCUCCUACGGUUGCGUUUAUUUCGACCGUCGAUGCUUUCGGAAGGAUGAUGUGAAAAGUUCCAAGGGUAGGAAGCUGUAUGUUUGUAAUUCAGUGGCCUCAACACCGCAGGGCUUGCAGUUUGCAAACACCAAAGUGCAGAUUCCUGAAAAGACUGUUCGAAUUGGUGUUCUUGGAGCCAGUGGUUACACUGGUUCAGAGCAGGAGUGGUUACACUGUACUAAGAUACACAGCUGUAUUUUAAGUUUCAAACCUAAUGGAGUAUCUCAGAAUACUAACUGCAAAAGCUUGUGUGCAAUGAACAUGACUGCUGGACAGUCGGGCAAUCCUGAAAAAAUAAAUUUGGACCGAAUAAUGAACAAGGCGAGAAAAUUUUGGGAUAGUUUUCCUCAGUCAGUCAAGACCUUCCCCUGGAACAGAGCUUUGGAAAAUUUCAUUCAACUCAUCCUCGACCUUAUUGUGGCGGUCAUCAAAUACUUAUGCUUACCUGUACUUGCAGUCUCUUCCCUUAGCGAGAUGUCAUACUGUGCCCACGAAAAAAAGCUGUUUCUUAUUCCAAUUCCACUGCUAGUUGGCGUUGCUGUCGCUGGGGUCUUACGAGAGACGGCCUUGGAACUAUCUCCACUUCUCAAGGAUGCAGAAGUUCCUUGGCAUCUGAUUGCUAUUGCAAUUUUCUUCACAUUACUCAAAUUGCCAGGCCCAUAUUACCCCUACUGGGGGCGCAUUUUUAUUCCACACUUUGCAAAUGGGGGAUUAUUGAGGACUCUAUAUUUUGCAUUUCUGUGGUAUAGAAGGCCCCAAAAGGCAUCGGAACCACUGCCACCAGAGUCUUCCUGAGUAUGAUAAGCUCUAAUUCUAUGGGGUGAACAGAUGAUACGAGGUGACACUUGUUUCAACUGUUUAUGAUGGAGGUGGUCAGAAAACAUAAUCCUUUGAUUUUCAGUUCAUCCAAACAGGAGGUUUUUUUUUUUUUGUGUGCGUGUGUGUGUGUGUGUGCACGCGCGCGCGCGUAUUUAUUCCAAAUGAUCUAGUGCUUUAGAUGCUGGGAAACAUAUGAGUUCUUGUUUUUGACGACAUAGGGACAACUUGUACAACCUUAUCUAAUGUGGUUGUAGUGCAAUUAAUCAAGGGUUGAAAAUUUCUGAGAAAUGCCUUCAGAGAUUUAUUUUGUUGGAAUGUGCAUAUUGAAAGCAGAGGAAAUGUUUUGCUCUCAA